UGCGUACCGUUAGCUUUCGCUACCAUCAGCAUGCAGCACAUUGUUUAGAUUCCUAAUAGAAGUAAACAGGCGAAACAAAACUGAAACUCCCUGAAUAAUUUCGUCUUCCGGCUGGAGCGGAGUAGGGAACUGUAAGCCGGAAUCUCCCGUGCAUAUGACUACCGACCAGAGUCUUACUUCUAAGGAGUAUCAUUUAAUUCAAAGAGCAAGUGUAGCACGGCUUGCCUCAAGGUCGUUUUCGAGCUGAUUUUCUCUUCCAAGGAGGAAAAAAGUCCUAAAAAGCAGGAUGUCAGACGAUGAAUUUCAAUUGAAACUCGAAGAGGAUGGGGAAGAUGAGAAAAAAGAGCAAGAGUUUGUUGUCACGCGAUCGAAAGCAAUCGGGUUGGUUGUAUUUGCGAUUGUGUUGAUAAUAUUUUUCGCAGUGAUUUCGGGUGUUUUUAGCGCCCGUCGGGCAAGAAAUGAGGCUCUGGAAGAAAAUGCAAAGGGAGGUAAAGCUCCCGGGGAGAGGCCAGUUCCUACGGACGAACCUAAAGUAACUGCAGGGACUGAGGAGUUAACAUCAACAGCAGCUCCCAUGAACGCAUCUACAAACGCGUCCGGCCCAAUUUUCAACGUGACCGUGAUGACACCCACAGCAGAACCUGUGAAGCCGUGGGAGAACAUCCGACUACCCCAAAAUAUUCGUCCCGUUCACUACAAUGUCUACCUAGAUCCGUACUUGGAGUUAAACACUUUUCAAGGAAACGUGUCCAUCUUAAUAAAUAUCACGGAAAAAUCAGAUGUCAUGUCCUGCAUUUUAAUUCAUAUUAAGGACAUGAACGUGACUCACGCUAAAGUUUACAAACGCGAUGCAAACGCGACAUCCAACGCCACUACCCCAGGAGAAGAAAUCCCUUCAAGGACCUUUGAAUAUUCGGAAAACGAUUACUUUGGGUUCGAACUGGAGAAAGAUCUCGAAGUUGGCGCUGAGUAUGUAUUGGUUAUGUCCUAUAAAUCGAGAUUUUCUAGUCAACUGAAUGGCUUGUACAUAAGUACGUACACAAAUGAAAAAGGCGAACCGAGACGCCUUGCAACUACAAAAUUUGAGCCAACUGAUGCACGCAAAGCCUUGCCGUGUUUUGAUGAGCCUGCCAUGAAAGCAACAUUUUCCACCGUGAUUGUCCAUGAGAAAGACUACAAAGCAUUGUCAAAUAUGCCAGUGGUUAAACAAGAACAGCUGUCUAAUGGGAGAAUAGAAUCACAUUUCAUGAAGUCAGUCCCGAUGUCUACAUACUUGCUGGCAUUUAUUGUAUGUGACUUCGAGUUUACUAAUGCCACCACUGGGCAGCAUAAGAACAUUACACUCAGAGUGUGGACAACACCAACCCAAGUAGACCAAACAAAAUUUGCACUGGAUGUUGGAAAUGGUAUCAUCACAUACUAUGAGGAAUACUAUAACCUGGGUUAUCCUCUUCCUAAACAAGACAUGAUUGCGAUACCAGAUUUCUCAUCUGGAGCCAUGGAAAAUUGGGGAUUAAUUACUUAUCGUGAGACAGCUCUGCUCUUCAAUGAGGGUGUGUCCUCUGAAGCCAACAAACAAAGAGUUGCUGUGGUGGUUUCUCAUGAGCUGGCUCAUCAGUGGUUUGGGAACAUUGUGUCUCCCAAGUGGUGGAACGACUUGUGGAUGAAUGAGGGUUUUGCAAGUUUUGUAGAAUACUUAGGUGUCAAUCACACCCAACCAGAUUGGGAAAUGAUGGAGCAGUUCCUAUUGUCAGAUCUUCAGAGGGUUUUUCCUCUUGACUCAUUGGCAAGCUCUCAUGCCAUAUCAGUUGAAGUUGACCAUCCCAAGAAAAUCAAACAGUUAUUUGAUAGGAUUUCCUACAGCAAGGGAGCCUCUAUUAUUCGAAUGUUGGAAGGUUUUGUUGGAAAAGAGAAAUUUAAAGAGGGUCUUAGUUAUUACUUGAGAAAGUAUGCAUAUAGGAACGCUGAAACUCAGGACCUUUGGAAUGCUUUAGGAGAGAAAGCCAACAUGGAUGUGAAAACUAUUAUGGACACUUGGACAUUACAAAUGGGAUUUCCUGUGGUGACAAUCACACGCAUUGGUGACACAGACAAGGCUCAAGCCAUACAAAAACAUUUUCUGUUGGAUCCCAACACCAAUGUGACUGUGACAUCUCAGUUCAACUAUAAGUGGUAUGUACCUCUGACCUACGUGUUUGAAGGUGCUUCCCAAGAUCCUCAAACAAAAUGGAUGAACAUCUCGUCUCAUAAAGUUGAGUUCACAUGGCCUAAAGAUAAAUGGAUCAAAGGCAACUUUAAACAAGUAGGAUACUACAGAGUGCACUAUGAUGACGACAACUGGAAAGCACUCAUUCAACACCUAGAAAAUAAUCAUACAGUUUUUUCUACUGAGGACAGAUCAAGUUUAAUUGAUGACGCUUUCAACUUGGCCAGGGCUGGAUACUUGAAAUAUGACAUUGCUCUGGGCACCUUGAAUUACUUGGGUAAAGAAACUAAAUAUGUUCCUUGGAAGACUGCACUGAACAGUUUGGGUUUCCUUAAACACAUUCUGAGUGACCGACCUGCAAAUGGAAACUUUCAGAGACUGAUCAGGAGUAAAGUAAAAAAUCUUGCACAUCAACUCGGAUGGGUAAACAAGAAAGAUGAUAACCACAUUAAACGAUACCUUCGCAGCGCCAUUUUACGUGCAGCCUGCAGCGCAGGGGAUUCAGACUGUGUUGAAAAUGCAACUCAAAUUUUUAAAGAAUGGAAAAGCGGGAAAAGGGCUGAAAUAGAUGUAGACCUCCGAACCCUGGUUUACUAUUAUGGCAUCAGUAACACUGGCGAAGAAGAGUGGAACUGGUUGUACGAAAAAUUCCUGAACACUACAGAAGCAUCAGAGAAGAGUAAACUUAUGUACGCACUGGCUGCAUCGCGUGAGACUUGGAUCCUGAACAAGUAUCUAGGAUAUUCUCUGGACUCAUCCAAGAUUCGUUCCCAGGACGCUGUCAGUGUUAUCAGUUACGUUGCCUCCAAUCCUGUUGGGAAAUACCUGGCCUGGACCUUCGUUCAAAAUAAUUGGAAGGCUUUGUUUGACAUGUUCAGUACCAGUACUUUCCGUUUGACGAGCCUCACCAACAGUGUGACUCAGUUUAGUACCGAGGCUGAUCUGGAACAGAUGAAGGCAUUCUUUGACCGUUCUGAGGCAGGAACAAGUGAAAAUGCUCGUAAACAGGCCAUCGAGGGAACAAAAGCAAAUAUCGAGUGGCUGAAGACAUACGAAGAAAUUAUCACAACCUGGCUUGAAAAUUAUGUUUCAUCAUAGGAAAGUCAAUCGUUUGGUGCAAACUUUGAGCUCAUAACUUUUUCAGAAGCUUCUCGUUUGAGUACUGAAGAAAUAUGAUAGCGGGUGAGCGAGCCAUAGUAUUUUUUUUAGUAGAGCGUCGAGCGUAAUCCAGAACUUCUUUGGGAUACUUUACUACGCAGUGUGAUUGGCCUAGAAAACACGUGUCAAUUUAUGAACCAAUCAGAAGCAAAACUGAAACAAAUCGUGACUUGGUCAAUCGCUCCAGUUUUCCCGCGCUUCACAGUUUACUUUUUUAAUCUGAUUGGCUCCCCCUGAUAUUCCUUUGUUCUGAUUGGUUGUUAAAAUUACUUUAAUUUUUAGUUUACGACACUCAACCGGAAUGCGCUCUCAUGGCUACCCUUCGAAAAACUGGGCGAUCUUUCCUGACGAGUUUUCGUUCGUUCAACUUUUGACCUGGUCCUUGUCCAUUGUCAGCGUACUCAGCAAGAAAGAGAACCCGGUUUGAGUUUCAGUAAGCGAUAGAGCUUUCAGUUAUGUUGUAUUUUUGGAGUAAUUCCCUACUUCCAUCCUUUAUCACCCGAUUUGUCUCCUGGUUGGAAAAGUCAAAAGUCCUGUUCAUCUACGGUGUAACCCCAGGGGUCUUGCAUGGAGAAUGUGUUUCUUUUACUUAUGUAUAAUUUGAAAGAAUCUUGUUUCCUUCAGCGUUUUUUUCUUCUUUGAAGACGGGCCUACUUUUAAGAUAAUGGUUAUACUCAGGUCACCUUUUUUAAACGGAAGCAUUAGCAUAAGUUGCAGGAUAUGCCAUUUAGGAAAUAUACUACCAACUUCUACUGCCCGAUUUGUUUAGCUGGAAGCUUUUCGGGGAACGUCACGCUACUUUUCUAUUCUGGAGAGCGUUGCGAGACGGACCAAGGGUUCGGCAUUUGUCCGAUGGAAUUUUGUGGAAUUUUUGGAAUUUUUUUGGUUUUAUUCCCGUUUUCUGCGGAUUCUGUACGAAUUACUUGUUCUUACUUCAGUAUAAAGUACUGAAAAUCGGCCUCUUCGUUGUUCCAAUAAAUCUGCUUGUCGCAGCUGAUAACACACAUUCCUCUGACGGUUAAAUUCCACCCAGAUCAAAAUCGCCCUUGAGUGGUGAAUGGAAAUAACUGGAUUGGACUAAUUUAUGUAGUUGUAAUAACGAGAUAAAAUUUUUCAUAAUACUUAAUCCAUAAUGGAAUAGUCCUUUAAAUUAGUACGAGUCAGUUAACUGGAUUUCAGAAAUAUUCAAUUGUAAAAUAAUUACACGUAGUUAAGCUUAAAACAAAUUUGUUUCUAAGAAUAGGAAACCUUAUAAGUGGGGAAUUUCUGGCGGAGAUAUUAAUCUUUUAUGCCAACUACAGUACUCUCCAAUCCUGAGUGUGUUAAUUUUUUUAAUUCAGUGAUUUUUCUAGGUUGGGACGUCUGUUUAAGGAGGGCUUGUGAGACCAGAAAUAGUGUAUCUCAAGUAGAGGUGUUCCCUUUAAGUUAGUUAGCAGACGAAAAGGUUUGAAAAGCAUUUUUUGUUGUUGUUUUGUUCUGGUUUCUUGUAACUCGCGCGACGGACAGAUGUUGGGAAAGUGGCGCAGCUUGUGCUGGUACUGGUUUGGAUAAGUUUGGUUAGCUUUCCUUGGCCGCCAUGUGAAUAGACUUUGAGAUAGUAACUGAAAUCAUAUCAGACCGUAUAAUUAGUCUUCAGUGAUAGGUAUUAGAAAUAACGAUAUGAGUGUACAGCAGCAGUAGCAGUAAAAGACGGUAUUUUUAUACAAUCAGACUAUUUUUAUAGGUAUUUUUGUUUACGUCAAAUGUGAAUGCAUGACUUGUGAAUCAGUAAAAAAAAAAUCAUAUUUUUACCUUG